AAAAAGGCAAGGAGCGGCUUCUCUUUCUUUUGUCCGUAAUAAAACGCGAAGCAGAAACUCUCAAAACCCUAGUUCUUCCCCAAGCUCCAACAGGGAAAUGGCUCCGAAACAGCCAAGUACGGGUCUUUUUGUUGGAUUGAAUAAGGGUCACGUUGUUACCAAGAAGGAUCUUCCUCCUCGCCCCUCCGAUCGCAAAGGGAAAACAAGCAAGCGGGUGCACUUUGUGAGGAACCUCAUUCGCGAGGUUGCUGGUUUUGCACCAUAUGAAAAGCGUAUAACUGAGUUGCUCAAGGUUGGGAAAGAUAAGAGGGCACUGAAAGUUGCCAAGAGAAAGCUUGGAACCCAUAAACGUGCAAAGAAGAAGAGAGAGGAAAUGUCAAACGUUCUCAGAAAGAUGAGGGCUGGUGGAGCUGGUGAUAAGAAGAAGUAAGUCUUGUUUUGUUUCAUUCCAACUUCACAGGACGGAUCAAUGUUUUGAAGGACAAACUAUCAUAGUUUUAUUUGGUUAAUUAUUUAGUGCAUUUUUGCUUCUAGAAUUGUCUUGUUUAGAUUAUGUGAUUUAUGGAAUGUACCAUUGGUUUAUAUUGUGUUUUAUUAGAAAUGAGAUAAAAUCAUUUUCAAGCAAACAUUAUAUUUUCGCAAUUAACAAAACAUUUUUUUGCAUGUGUCUGCAAUCCAUAGUGCACACCAAAAGAUACACCGUGGUGAAUAGCUAUUUAUUUUGGGAGGG